AGCUGGCCACUCAGAGGUUCAGAGACUGUUGGGCGCUCGAGGUCACCGACGUCCCUUCAGGAUGAAGGCUGUGUUGCUGACCUUGGCUGUGCUCUUCCUGCCGGGGAGCCAGGCUCGGUAUUUCUGGCAGCAAGAUGUACCCCAGACACCUUGGAAUCGAGUGAAGGAUCUGGUCACCAUCUACUUGGACGCGAUCAAAGACAGUGGCAGAGAUUAUGUAUCCCAGUUUGAAACCUCUGCCUUGGGAAAACAGCUCAACCUGAAGCUCCUGGAAAACUGGGACACCGUGAGCAGCAGCUUCACCAGGCUGCAGGAGGAGAUAGGCCCCGUAACCCAGCAGUUCUGGGAUAACCUGGAAAAGGACACCGUCCAUCUGAGGGAGCUGAUGAACAAGGACCUGGAGGAGGUGAAGCAGAAGGUGCAGCCCUUCCUGGACGACUUCCAGAAGAAGUGGCAGGAGGAGGUGGCGCUCUACAGCCAGAUGGGGCCGCUGGGCGAGGAGUUACGCGACAGCGCGCGCCAGAAGCUGCAGGAGCUGCAAGAGAAGCUGAGCCCUGUGGCCCAGGAGCUGCGCGACCGCGUCCGCGUCCGAGUGGACGAGCUGCGCACGCAGCUGACCCCCUACAGCGAGGAGCUGCGCCAGCGGCUGGCCCGCCGGCUCGAGACGCUGAAGGAGAGUAACCUGGCCAACUACCACACCAAGGCCAUGGAGCAGCUGAGCGCGCUCGGGGAAAAGACCAAGCCGGUGCUAGAGGACUUCCGCCAGGGCCUCCUGCCCGUGUUGGAGAGCCUCAAGGUUAGUUUCCAGACCGCCAUUGAUGAGGCCACCAAGAAGCUGAAGGCCAGUGAGGGUCCCGCUGCCGCGGCGCCGUCAGCCUGAUCCCGGGGCCCUCUCCUCCAGUCCUCCUUACCACCGUUGUGUUUCUUAAAAUAAACGUUUCUAAAUUGGGAAGCAGCUUCUUUCUUU